AUGUCGCACCUCAUAGACCUCAUCGAGAGCUCGCACAACAGCCCCAGCGACGACGCCGUCCAGCAGCACGUCUUCAACGAGUGCUACCAGUACUUUGCGUCGCUGGACACCGAGCACUACUUCUGCGACCCCACCACGGCGCGCAUCGCGUGCUACUUGCUCGUAAUCUGCAUAGCGUUCGAGGACUCGGACAUUCUGCGCACGCUCAAGACGGCGGCGCGCAAGUCGCUCGACCGCUGCCCGAAAUGCAUCCUCGGCUUCCACGAGGCGCGCGCCGCCGCGCGAAACGACCUCCUGCUCAAGCGCAAUCUGCCCUACGAUAAGAUCGCCAUAGUGAUCCAGCGGGUGUUCGACUGGGAGGCCCAAUCGCUCGUCGACAAGCUCGGCGCGCUCAAAUUCGACCGCGACGAGGACCUGCUGCACAGCCCCGACGUGCACAACACCCUGACCGAGUGUCUGGUGUGUCCGCAGCUUCUGCGCGCCAACGACCAGCUGCGCACGCUGUGCUCGCACAUGCUGGCCGUGGUGACGCAGAGACAGCCGAUCCGGCCGAAAAUCGACCUCUUUGCCGGCCUGCUGUACUUUCUGUUCGAAGGCUCCGACACAGAGCGCGCGUGGGCGCUCUCGUGCUUGCCCGCGCAGCUGCGGCCGGCCAGCUUCACGGCGUCGUUCAUGGAGGAGUACGAGCGCCAUUUCUUCAACAUCCAGAACCCGACGCUCUUCAGCGCAGACGCAUGUGCGCUGUUCUGGGCCAACCUCGUGCCCCUGCUGCAGCCCGGGACCGGCGAGUGCGUGCUGCGGUUGAACUGGCCUGCUGUCGCGCGCAACUUCGAGAAAACAGCACCGUUCAAAGUGGUGCCUUUAGUGCGCAUCUUUGUCAACGAGAUCAUGUCGUACCUGGACGAGCCGCUGCCGCUGCUGCUGCGCGCGUUUUCCACGCUGCUCACGAAGCUGGGAGCCGAAUUUUGGGAGCACGUCCAGCCGCAUAGCUACCUGAAUUUCUUCGACGUCUCGUUCAACAGCCCGCACUAUAGCAAACACCUGGACAAGUUGCGGCUUGCGAACGCCGCGCCCGGCGCACGCACGCCGUGUUUGGAAGACCUCGUGAACUGGAUCUAUCCGCUCUACCGGUCGGUCACGCCGUCGCAGAAGACACAGACAGCGUGCAUCGUGUACAAGUUUUUCCUCGACAAGCUGGGGCGGCCCCACUGCGGCGCGCUGCUCGUUUGCGUGGGGGCAGACUUAAUCACCGACGAGAUCCGGCUGCAGAACCCGCUGUUCGACGCCAAGCUGACGGUCGAGCUGUACAGCAAGUCGGACGCGCGCGCGCUGAUCGACCGCAAAGCCAUCACGCUGUUCGACGCCAUGGGCGACCCGCAGGUCAAGGUCAAGGCGCUGGGCGUGGUGGCGGCGUCGCUCGCGUACGACGUGGCGUCGCUGGCGCAGGCGAGCCACUUCCUGGCCAAAUACGACGCCAGCACGGUCUCGGCGGUGAAUAUGGACUUGUGGAUCCUGCUGUCGCGCAAAUUGGCGGCAGACGACAGAAACUUCGCGCAACAGGUGCUGUGCAGCCUGAGCGAGGCCAGCUACGUGUUCUCGCUCGACAUCACGCUGCUCAAGAUCACGUUCCGCGACGCACGUGACUUCUCCGACGAGAAGCUGCGGGAGCUGGUUGCGGCGUGCAGCAAGCAGAACAAGAGCGUGGCGAUGUUUGCGAGCAGCGUCGAGGCGAUUUUCAGCCGCCUGGCGGACUUCUUCAGCGGGCAGACGCUGCAGCAGAUCCUGACCGACCUGGCCGCGUCGAUCGGCGUGUGGAAGUGUCUGUGCUCGUGCGAGGACAAGCUGUACGAGAGCGCUGUCGGGCUGCUGUACGAGGCGUUCGACGUCGACGGGCGGCUUGAGGCGGUGCGCGGGCUGCUGCGUCUGGACACCGCCGUCACUGUCGAGGCCGCCAAGGACGCGUUUGUGAGUCUGACGCGGCUGGAGCAGUUCAACGCCAGCCGGCGUGGCGUGCGCGUGCUCAUGGACCUCGCGCAGUGUCUGCUGGACCCGAUCGACGGCGUGCUGAUCGACACGGCGCGGCUGAGCAACGCCACGCGCGCCAUUCUCGCGCAGUUUUGGGCGCAAUGCUGGCGGUUUCUCACCAUGAUCUACGUCAAGACGUUCGACUGGUCCAAGGAGUACGAAAAGGUCAAGGCUCACGUGCAGAACCCGCAGCACAACGAGAAGAUCACCCGGACGCUGCUGGACUUCACGCGCGACGUGUUGGAGGUGUCGCAGACGCUGCUCGGCGGGUACAAGCUGCUGGUGGAGUCGAUGCAGUUUGCGGGGGUCUCGGCCGAGCAGAGCCGCGAGAUCCAGCAGAGCCUGAUGCAGCCGGUGCUGCAGGCGUUCGAGCGCACGGUGUACUGGCUGCGGCUGAGCGACAGCGCGCUGCUGUUUCUGUGCGUGCGGCUGACGCUGGACACGCUGGACCUGGUGGCGGAGCUGGGGCUGGAGUUCACGCACACGUCGCUGGCGAUCCUGGCGAAGCUCUGCGCGAAGGCGCGCAAGUUCAACAAUAAGCUGUCGGAGGAGCAGCGCGGCGAGAUUCUCGUGCGCGUGCGGCGGUUCAACAAUGCGCUGGUCGAGGGGGUGCUGGCCGAGGCAGAGACGCGCGGCAGCGAGUCGCGCGAACGAAGCGAGCGCUCAACGCCCGAAGCGCAGCCACCUAGUGUGUCCAGCGCCACGGCCCGCGCACCAAAACAGUCCACGCUCGCCAGCUUCCUCACCAAAGCAGCCCCUGAGGAGCCGCCCGCUCCGAAACGUCUGUCCAUGCUCGAGCAGGCGCGGCUGCAGCUGGCCGAGAAGCGGCGCCAGGAGCCCGUGCGCCAGGAGCCGGCGCCGCCACGCCCGGCCGGCUUCAACAGACGCUCCAAAACGUCCUCCGACGCCGAAUCGUCCACGUCCGAGUCCGAGUCCGAGGACGAAAACGGCCUGUUCACAAGGGAGCAGGUGGUGGCCAAGAUGAAGAAGACCAAGGCAGCGCUGCAGUCGCUGCAGCCGCGCACCAAAAACCUGGCUGUGCGGCCGAGCGGCGGCGCGGCUCGCGGCGUCGACCCGAAGAAGAAGGCCGAGGAGCUGAUGCGGCUGCGGCUCAACGUCGACAUGAACCCGCUGUACAAGGAGAUUCUCAUGUGGUCGUACUUCCGCGACGGCGAUUACCCCGACGACGACCAGAGCAAGUACACGAGCGUGAAGAACCGGUUCUCGAGCGCGGACGAGUACCAGCAGACGUUCCGGCCGCUGUUACUGCUGGAGUGCUGGCAGUCGAUCCAGCGGGCCAAGGAGACGGCGCAGGAGACGCCGUUCCGGGUGACUGUGGGCUCGCGCGCGGCCACCGACACAUUUUACGACGUUUUUGCGUCGACGCGGCGCGAGGUGGUGACGGAGCAGCGCUGUGUCGGCGACAGCGACCUGGUGGUGCUGAUGUACGUGGAGAAUCUGGACGGUGACACGAAGCUGACGCGCAAGCAUUUGGCCGGGUGUCGCCACGCGUGUCUGGGCCGCGUGAAAGACAUCAAGAACAACAGCAACGGGUUUUCCGACGUGACGAUCCGCGUGGCCACGAAAACGAACAUGAACCCUUUCUUGAGCCCUGGCAUAGAGCUGGUGUGCAUGAAGGUUGUGCAGAUGACGACGAUUGAGCGGGAGUUUUCGUCGUUGCAAGGGCUGAAGUACUACGAUCUCGGACGAGAGAUAGUGACGGCGACGCCGAGCGCGCCGGGCAAGAUCGAUCCUGUGGUGGUGGGCCGGAUGAAGCAGACGUACGCGGUGAACGACUCGCAGGCGCGGGCGAUCGCGGGCAGCGUGCACAAGGACGGGUUUUCGCUGAUCCAGGGUCCGCCGGGCACGGGUAAGACCAAGACGAUCUUGGGGAUUAUUGGGUUUGCGCUCACGUCGGGCAAUCCGAACGCGAUCGCGGUGCCGGGCGAGCAGAAAGUGUCGUCGAAGCGGCGUAUUCUGAUCUGCGCGCCGUCGAACGCUGCCGUCGACGAGCUUGUGCUGCGGCUGAUGGGCGGCAUCAAGAGCGCGCGCGGCGACAACUACCGGCCCAAGGUGGUGCGGCUGGGCCGCUCGGACGCGGUCAACGCGCAGGUGAAGGAGACGACGCUUGAGGAGCUUGUGGACGCGCAGCUGAGCGCCGUCGACACCGCCGCGGACGACACCAAGAUCCGCGAGGAGCACCGCAAGUGCGUGCGCGAGCGCGACGAGCUGCGGCAGAAACUGGCAGCGGGCAACGUGUCUGCAGACGAGGUCGCGCGGCUCGAGCUGCGGCUGCAGGAGGUGGUGCAGAAGCGCAAAGAGCUCGGCCGGCGGCUCGACGAGCUGCGCGAGCAGAACUCGGUCAAGCACAGAAACAGAGAGAUCGAGCGCCGCAACGCGCAGUUCCGCAUUCUCAGCGCCGCCGAGGUCGUGUGCUCCACGCUCUCGGGCUCGGCCCACGACGUGCUUGCCGGCAUGUCGUUCACCUUUGACACCGUUGUGAUCGACGAGGCCGCGCAGUGCAUCGAGCUCAGCGCCAUUAUCCCGCUGCGGUACGGCGCCAAGCGCUGCAUCAUGGUCGGCGACCCCAACCAGCUGCCACCGACCGUGCUAUCGCAGAAAGCAGCCAGCUUCAACUACGAGCAGAGUCUCUUUGUGCGGAUGCAGAACAACCACGACAAUGCAGUGUACCUGCUGAACGUGCAGUACCGUAUGCACCCGGAAAUCUCCAAGUUCCCGUCCAAGGAGUUCUACGACUCCAAGCUGCUGGACGGCUCCGGCAUGGCGGAAAAAACCGCCCGGCCGUGGCACGCGAUCCAAGAAUACGGGCCGUACCGGUUCUUCAACAUCGAGGGCAGCCACCAGCAGAACGAGCAGACCAAGUCGCUGUACAACUACGCCGAGGCCCGGAUCGCGCUCGAGAUCGUGUCGGACCUAUUUGCGCUGUUCCCAGAUGAGCAGUGGCCGGGCAAGAUCGGCAUCAUCUCGCCGUACAAGGAGCAGAUCCGAUGCGUCCGCGAGGUGUUUGUGCAGAAGUUCGGGUUCCCGAUCACCAAGGAAAUCGACUUCAACACCGUCGAUGGAUUUCAGGGCCAGGAAAAGGACAUUGUGCUCUUUUCUUGCGUGCGUGCCGGGGAGCAGAACUCGGGCGUUGGAUUUCUUGGCGACGUGCGCCGCAUGAACGUCGCCCUGACCAGAGCACGCUCCUCGCUGUGGGUCCUUGGAAGCAGAGAAACACUCGUCUCCAAUAAAACAUGGCGCGACCUCAUCGAGGACCUGUACGAGCGCGGUCUCGUGACCAAAGCGUACCCGGGCUUCACCAGGAAAAAGGGCGGUUCGGCAGACAGCUACGAGCCGAGACGCAAGAAGCAGAAACCUGACACGCGCGCCGCGCCAAAGAAACAAAAACUGGGCGUCAUGGGCUACUCGUCCUUGAGUGGUGCAAAUAGCGACCGGCCACAGCCGAAGAAGGCGCCAGCACCAGCCCCGCCGCCGCCGCCCGCCAGUCUGCCCAAAAUCCCCGCCGUUGCGCGACCGAGCGCUGCGCCCGUGGGCCCGUCCGGGGAACGGCUGAUCAAGAUCAGCAAGCCGAAACCGAAGUUUCCCCGGCCCAAACGUAAUUAG